AUGGAAAUUGAUAUUGAGUCCAUUGAGUCUCAAAGUGUGGAUGUUGAGGUUGAAGAGAUUGAUGGAUCGAGUUUGAAUAACGAAACUCAAGGCGAUCAACUCCAAAGAAGAAAAAGGAAGCUGACCUCAAAAGUUUGGAGUCACUUUGUUCAUCUUCUUUUGGGUCCGGACAAGAAAUUGAAGGCCAAGUACAAACAUUGUAGCUCUGCAUACCUCGCGGAUAGCAAGUACGAAACUGAGACUACUCUGGGUAGAAUUAGCUUUACUUCUUAUGCAUGGAGUUCUUUGGCUAGUGAUGGAUAUGUUUGUCUCAUUGCGCAUUUCAUAGAUAAUAAUUGGAACUUACAGAAAAAAGUGUUAAACUUUAGUUUUAUGCCACCCCUACAUAGUGGCGUUGUUUUGUCUGAAAAACUUUAUGAUUUUUUGAGUGACUGGGGAAUUGAGAACAAGGUGUUUAGUGUGACACUAGAUAAUGCUUUUGCAAAUGGUGUUUAUGUUGACAUGUUAAGAGAGCAAUUAGUUGCGAAAGGGGUUCUUGUACACAAUGGCGAUCUAUUUCACAUGCGAUGUUGUGCACACAUACUAAAUUUAGUUGUGCAAGAGGGUUUGAAGCAGAUUGAUGAUUCCAUUGUUAAGAUCCGUGAUAGUGUCAAUUAUGUCAAGGGAUCCCAAGUGAGGAAACAAAAGUUUUUAGAUUGUGUGAAGUUAGUUGCAAUUGGUGAUAAGAAAGGGUUAUGUCAAGAUGUACCAACUAGGUGGAACUCGACAUAUCUUAUGCUUGAGAGUACUCUUUACUAUCGCCGUGUCUUUCAACAUUUAGAGUUGAGUGAUUCAAACUACAAGCAUUGUCCUUCUACUGCCGAGUGGGACAAAGUUGAGAAGAUUAAAACUUUUUUGAAGUUGUUCUAUGAUGCAACUCUUAAAUUUUAUGAAACAAAGUAUCCCACUGCCAACUUGUACUUCCCUUCCAUUUGGCAUUGUUGCUUCAUGUUGAAACAAUAUUCAGAAGGUGAUGAUGAGUACUUAAAGUGUAUGGCAAUAGCAAUGUGGGGCAAGUUUCAAAAGUAUUGGUCUCAGUUCCAUCUUACCUUGGCUAUAACAUGUGUUCUAGAUCCUCAUUUUAAGCUUGGGCUUGUCGAGUUCAGUUACAAAAAGCUUUAUGGAGAUGAUUGUUUUGAAUGCAUAACAAUGAGGAGUACGUUGUACUCUAUAUUUGAAGAGUACAAUAAAAACAAUAAGGAUUCAACUAGCCAAAAGACCAAUAUUUUUGAAUAUUUUAUGACGGAAAAAGAAGGAAGUGAUGAUGUGGAUGUUAUAUUCAAGGAAUUUGAUGAGAUGUCUUCGGUUGAGUCUAGUACUGCGUCACAGAAAUCAAAGCUUGACCUUUAUUUGGAUGAGCCAAGACUGGCUAGGAACGCGGAGCUUGAUAUCCUUUCCUUUUGGAAAUCAAACCAAUUUCGAUAUCCAGCAUUAGCUUCUAUGGCUUGUGAUAUUUUGGCUGUCCCUGUUUCAACAGUUGCUUCUGAAGCUACAUUUAGUGUUGGUGGUAGAGUUCUUAAUUCAUUUCGUAGCUCACUUAAACCAAAGACAAUUGAAGCACUUGUUUGUACCAAAGAUUGGUUAUAUGGUGACAAAGAUUUCAAUGAAGAGCUAGAGGAUCUUACACAAGAUAUCUUCAACUUUUCGUUGAAAGAUGAUGAGCCUUUCUCACAGGUAUCAAGUUCUCCUGAACGUUGA